AUGGAGGGUCAGCAGGAGCAAGAGGGACAACCUGCUGCGGGGUCUAGCGCCCAAUCUGCGCCCACGUCGCCUCCUCCCGCCGCCUCUGCUUCACCACCUCGUAACGACGAUGAUCAGAAGCAACAACCACAGCCUCCGCCCGCUCAGGCCAAGGACAAGGUUCCACAGCAGCCCAAUGCCGCCGCCGCCUCUUCGUCUUCUUCUUCAGCUCCAAGCGUAGGAGUACAGCAGCCUCGGCCACCUCCACAAUCACAGGCACAGCCAACGCAGCGGGAGCCUCUGCUCAGGAUACGCGUCCUGGCUGUAGAAAAGAGGGGCAAGGAGCUCAAUGUACGCCUGGAUGCUGCAACGAAUCUCGCACCCUUCCGCCAUUCACACUACCCACCCUUCCUGCGCUCGUAUCGCGAAUUGACCUUCUUUGCCCUGUCCCUUGCUGUACACGUACCUUCUCAAAUCCUCGCCUCACUGCCUCUGCCACCACCAACCUUCUCUGCUCUCCCCUCGCCGCCUCAAGCGGAAGCUCGCAUACUCUGUCAGGCCCUCGCAAGAUGGUUCGCACGGCUCGCAGCCGAGCCGGCCCAUCGGGAUCAUCCAGAGACUAGGAAUUUCAUCGAAGCGGACUACUCUUACCAUCCCAUCCCGCCUCACGUCGACUAUGCCCCGAUUCUGGUGCAGAAGAGGUGGAGGGCAGUCAUGGACCAUGCUGCAACAGUAGAGCGUGGGAUCAGCAUUGACCUUGGGGCAGGAUUGGGCCUGCCUAGUGGGGUCUUGUCCACACCCGCUGCGCCCACCCGGACUGGAGGCGGAGGAUUCCUGGGCUUCGGAGGGAGCAAGAGCUCGUCUUCCACAGUAGCCGGAGGCAAAGGCAUGAGUCUCAGUCGCAACGUCCACGACGAAGACGAAGACCUUGUGGCUGCUAGGAUGGAGGUGACAAGGCUGGAGCUACAAUUCAGCGAAGCUGCCAGUAAAGGAUUCAAGGUGGUGGAAGCAAGAGGAAAAGUCACAGACCAGCUAUCGGCUUUGUCCAACAGACUCCACACUUUGGCAGGUGUAGAGGACACUAGGCAGCUGAGCUCGGAGCUGGGCCUGCCGAAUGACCUUCGCAAGCUGGCAGAUGGACUUCCAGCUGUUGAUCUGACUCAGCAAGCUACCUCUCACACGGAGACGAUGACGCUGCUCUACCAACUCACGUAUCAGUCUUCGAAUGCUCGUGCAGCCAAGGAGGCCCUGCUAGCUCGCAACGCCCUUGUAGAGGAACAUCAUGAAGCCUCAAAACGGACCAUGCUGAAGAAGCGCGAGAUUGAGGGUCUGAAGGCCCGAAUGGGUACCGGAGGGAUCUCUCGCGAUCGUAUAGAGAUUGCGAUUGAAGAGUACGGAGAGGCAUCAAGGUAUGCAAAUGCCCUUCGGAUGGACCUAGCUCGCUUGAGCAAGAACAUGCACGGCAGUCUGAAGAAUCACAGCAGG